AUGGUCUUUGGGACGAUAUUAUCAGGAUGCCUGUUCAUCCUUCCCGCUGCGGUAACGACUGGUGUCUUGGUCGGUUGGGAUGCUGUUAGAUCGAGCAGCAACCAGAAGCCAAUAUUCACAGUCCCUCCCGGUGGAGGCUAUGGCGGCGGUCCUGGGAUGGACGGCGGAGGCAGAGGCAACGGCAUCGAAACCGACACAUAUUGCGACAAAACCGUCGGCAUAAGUCCAUACGUUGCAAAAGGCUACGAACAGUACACACUCAAUCCCAAUCAGUGGGGCUACGUGGAUGGCACACCUGGCGCGUUGUGUAUGAACGUCACCAGCUAUCUGAACGGCAGUUACCCAUCCAAGACGUCGGCACCACAAUGGUCCGUAACAUGGCAGUACCCACAGGGACCCGAGACACAGCCUGUGCACGCCUUUCCCAACAUCAAGCUCAAUGCGGACAGCAAUACCGAUAUUCCACUCCAGAUCAGUGCUGUCCAAAACGUUGAAGUCGACAUCGAGUGGUACUAUGGCGCCGGCGACACAGAUCCUACAACAAUCGACAUUGCAGCUCUCACCACUGCCGAAGCAAACACCAACGUCGCCAUCGAUAUGUUCUUGGACACCAACGAGGGCAACUCAAAGGACCCCGAAAAGGCCCAGUACGAAAUGAUGGUCUGGCUAGCUGCCUUCGGAACAGCCACUCAGCCUAUCGGCUACCCGACCGUUGUCGCGACAGAAGUUAUCAAUACCGUCACUUUCAAUCUCUACUACGGCAAGAACGGACUCGGUCAGACUGUCAUGACAUGGAUGGUACCCGCUGGUACCAUUGCAAAUCAAUUCUAUGGCGAUCUGAGUCCUCUUGUCAAGUAUGACUACAGCCAGAUUGCCAGCUUACCUGCGAGCAAUCCUCCACCAAGCUCCAGUGCUUAUCUUGGGUAUAUUGGCUUGGGCUCCGAAGCAUACUGGUCUGGUCAGAACGUGACGCUUGCUGUGCACAAACUGAGCAUGGAUGUCAGGGGCUGA